AUGGUGAAUGUUCCUAAAACCCGCCGGACUUUCUGUAAGAAGUGUGGCAAGCACCAGCCCCACAAAGUGACACAGGGCAAGGAUUCUUGGUAUGCCCAGGGGAAGCAGUGUUAUGACAGGAAGCAGAGUGGCUAUGGUGGGCAGACUAAGCCGAUUUUCCAGAAAAAGGCUAAAACUACAAAGAAGAUUGUGCUGAGGCUUGAGUGCCUUGAGCCCAACUGCAGAUCUAAGAAGACACUCUGUCUCAAAAGAUGCAAGCAUUUUGAACUGGAAGGAGAUAAGAGAAAGGAACAAGUGAUCCAGUUCUAA